AUGUGGGAUAGAUUUUUGCAUGACAAUUCAAGUAGGACUGAAGAUGGAAGAAAUGCCGACAUAGCAUGUGAUUCCUACCACAAAUGGCAAGAAGAUGUUCAAUUGUUAAAGGAACUCGGUGUAAAAAUUUACAGAUUCUCCAUUUCUUGGUCCAGAAUUUUACCAGAUGGAACAACUAACAAAAUCAAUCAAGCUGGUGUAGAUUAUUACUCAAAUCUCCUUAAAGAACUUGAGGCCAAUAAUAUCGAACCUCUAGUAUCCCUCUACCAUUGGGACUUACCACAGCACUUGAGCGAACUUGGUGGUUGGCUGAAUCCACAAAUAGCAGAUUAUUUUGGCGAAUAUGCCAGAUUAUCGUUUAGACUAUUUGGUAAAUAUGUAAGACAAUGGGCAACAGUAAACGAACCGAAAUCCACUUGUCUUUUGGGCUACGGUAAUGACUUUAACGCUCCUGGAUUGGUAUUAGUUGCCGAUGGUGUUUAUCAAUGUGCUAAGAUUCAACUUCUCGCCCAUGCUAAGGCUUGGCAUAUUUAUGAUGAUGAAUUUAGAGCUAGCCAAGGAGGAAGAAUCAGUUUGGUCUUAGACUCACCAUGGACCGAACCAGCAAGUGAUAGUGACUUGGAUAAGGAAGCAGCUGAAAGAGAAAUACAAUUUGGGUUUGGUUGGUUUGCCAAUCCUGUUUAUAUUGGAGACUGGCCUCAAGUUAUGAAAGAAAGAAUAGCCAACAGAAGCAAACUAGAAGGCUUGGGAUUCUCCAGGUUGCCGGAACUUACACAAGCUGAAAUCGAUUAUAUAAAUGGCACCCACGAUUAUUUUGCACUUAACAUCUAUACUGGUACAUUGGUUGAAUUUAUCCCAGACGCCCAUAUCGGUACUCCAAGUUAUAAGUCAGACAAAGGUAACAACGCGUACAGUGAUCCUUCAUGGCCGGAAUCAUCAACAGAUUGGUUAUAUUACUGGCCAUUGUCAAUGCGAAGACUUGUUAAUUAUGUCAACAAAAAAUAUUCACCUGGCGAAAUAUUUAUCACUGAAAAUGGUUGGGCUGAUACUGGUGGAAUUGAUGAUCAAGAUAGAGUCCGUUAUUUUAAAGGAUACUUGAGCAACUUGCUAGAUGCGAUUCUAGAAGAUGGCAUUAACGUUGGAGGAUACACUGCAUGGAGUCUUCUGGAUAAUUUCGAAUGGGCUGCUGGAUAUACUCAAAAAUUAGGACUUAUCUCAGUUGACCAUGACAGCCCCAACAAAACCAGGGCCUGGAAAGCAUCUGGAAGAUACUACCAGCAAGUCGUGCAGACUAGGUGUUUGGUGGAUACUUGCGUCGAAUGA